AUGGACCAUCCUAAUAGGGAAAAGGAUGAAAGACAACGAACGACGAAAGGAAUGCCAGGAAGGAGCGGGCAUGGUUCUCGACCAAGCUCGUCGGCAUCUUCUGGCGUUCUUAUGGUGGGACCCAACUUCAGAGUGGGCAAGAAGAUUGGGUGUGGGAACUUUGGAGAACUCAGACUAGGUAAAAAUCUCUACACCAAUGAAUAUGUAGCGAUCAAACUGGAACCAAUAAAGUCACGUGCACCACAGCUUCAUUUAGAAUACAGGUUUUAUAAACAACUUGGAAGUGCAGCUGAAGGGCUUCCCCAGGUGUAUUACUUCGGACCAUGUGGAAAGUACAACGCCAUGGUACUAGAGCUGCUUGGUCCUAGCUUGGAAGACUUAUUUGACCUCUGUGAUAGGACAUUCACUUUGAAGACGGUAUUAAUGAUAGCCAUCCAACUGAUAUCUCGAAUGGAGUACGUGCAUUCGAAGAACCUCAUCUACCGAGAUGUCAAGCCAGAAAACUUCCUUAUUGGCCGGCAAGGCAAUAAGAAAGAGCAUGUCAUUCACAUCAUAGACUUUGGAUUGGCGAAGGAGUACAUUGACCCAGAAACCAAAAAACACAUACCUUACAGGGAACACAAGAGCUUAACUGGAACGGCGAGAUACAUGUCUAUCAACACUCAUCUUGGCAAAGAGCAAAGUCGUCGAGACGACUUGGAAGCCCUUGGCCAUAUGUUUAUGUAUUUCCUCCGAGGCAGUCUGCCCUGGCAAGGAUUGAAGGCUGACACCUUAAAAGAGAGGUAUCAGAAGAUUGGGGACACAAAGAGAAACACUCCAGUUGAAGUUCUCUGUGAGAACUUUCCAGAGGAGAUGGCCACGUACCUCCGUUAUGUUCGGCGAUUAGACUUCUUUGAGAGACCAGACUAUGAUUAUUUACGAACCAUCUUCACAGAGCUGUUUGAAAAGAAAGGCUACACCUUUGACUACGCCUAUGACUGGGUUGGCAGGCCAAUUCCUACUCCAGUGGGAUCCGUUCACGUAGAUUCUGGAACAUCUGCAAUAACAAGAGACAGCCAUGUCCAUAGGGAUCGACCAUCGCAGCAGGCCCUUCGCAAUCAGAAAACCAAAAAGCCACCAACCCUCUCUCCAGUCAAGCAGGUGUGGUGGAUGUUUCCUUCUGCACUGCACAAGGCAUCAUCAGAUCGCCGAGGGGAGUGGGAGAUCCAGCCAAGCCGGCAGACAAAUACCUCUUACUUGACAUCUCAUUUGGCUGCAGAUCGGCACGGAGGAUCAGUACAGGUGGUUAGCUCGACCAAUGGGGAGCUGAACGUGGACGACCCGACGGGGGCACACUCCAAUGCACCAAUAACAGCACAGGCAGAGGUGGAGGUGGUGGAGGAAGCUAAGUGCUGCUGCUUCUUUAAGAGGAAACGGAAGAAGACGGCUCAGCGUCACAAGUGACCGGUGCCUCCUGGGCCUUGCAGGAACCACCGCACCUGCAGCUCCUGCCCUGUCUUACUGGAAGGGGCUUCUCUUUAGGGGGGAGGAGGAGGCAUAGGAGGAAGAGAGAGAGGAAAAAAAAGUGACAUUUUAAACCAAAAAGAGAAGAAAACGUUUCAAAACAAACCACUCUGGGGUGGACCUGCUGAAUGGUCUCCCUUCUUCACUCCAAGCCUGAAGCUCCUUUCGGGACCAGGACUGUGGCUGGCUCAGGUCUUGGUCGCCCUGGGAGGGGGGCUGGCUGGCUGACCCUCCUUCCCGUUGUUUACGGCGAAGGCAUUGUUCAUGCAAACCUGAGGACUGUGCUUAGUUCCUGCUCACUUUCCUCCCCUCCCUCCCCUGCGCUCUCUGCUCCUCUGUCCUCCUCCCUCCUUAAUUCAGUGAAGGCUCGAUUGCCUGUCCAGAGGGCAGGAGAGUUGUGUGGAGAAGGGCCUGACUGCUCCAGCAGUAAGAGACAGGUUCCCUUUCCGGCUCCUUGGGAACAGUUACACUGUAACCUACAAGCUGUGAGAAAUUUGCAAUCUACUGUUCCAGUUAGGUUUUUUUUCCCCGCUCCCUUGACACCUCCCUCCUCUGACAGUAACAGAGCAAUGUGGAUUGUUUUAAAGAAGCUGACGUCGUUGCACUUUUUAUUAUUUUUAGCAUUUACAGAUGCACAUUGUAUCUGUGGAUCUCUGCAUGGCCACGCGGUGCCAGCACAGACAGACAUUCAGCUGGGAAGAUGGUGGGGUGCAAAGAAUGCCCUUGAGUGGGGAUGUCGACGACAUCCACACGACCUGCGUGCCAGUCUGGGGUUCCCAAUGCCCGCCUUGGGCCGUGCGCUGAGGAAAGCAUACUUGAAUUUUCAGUCACCCUUUCUAACUGCUGGUGAAUGUCCCUACCAUGGUUUCCUACACCGUACCUGACCCAAGCGGCCAGGAGGCAUAAGGCCGUAGCCUGGCCUUGGCAGGAGGGAGCGGCAUCAGCUUUGCUGGGCUGGAGGAGUUUGAGCUGGCUUAGAGGUAGAUCUGGGUUACAGUAACUGGGAGGCAGCUGUUUCCCAAAGUGUUUCUCAAUGUGGGCAACUGGGCAGCCUUUUCAAAUCCCUCCGGUAGGGUGGUUGUGAACAUGUACCUUCUGCGAGAAAACGUUAGCAGGAGCAAAGCUUCCCCAGCCGGGGAGAGGAUACUUCGCUGCCUUAACACUGAUUUCAUCUCCCGAUGGUCAGAUAUGUUUGACUGGAAUAGCCUUCACGUCCUCUCUGCGAGCGUGGGUCUGGGGCACAUGGGACACCAUCCCACCCUGCAGGAGAAGCCACGGUUCUUGUGCACCACUUUUGAGCCAAACCAAUAGCUAGCAAAGGGCUUGGGGCGCUUUGCAUGUGUGUAAAAAAUAAAAACAAAAAAACAAACAAACAAACAAAAAAACCAACACAAAAAUCUUGCAUCCUGCUGCAGUGUUUCCAAACUCACAGGAGGCCGCGGCUGCCUGUGGGUUACCAUAGACGUGGCAGGGCUGGGGGUGAACUCAAGCAGCUUUUUGGGAGGAAGUGAAUAGGUUCCUUGUAUAUUGUCUUUCCACAUGUGACACCUGACCAGGCUGGGACUGUUCACUUGAGGGACUUCACUUGUCAUAAACUCAGGCCUGGCUCACCCCAGAAAUCCCAGAGAGCAUGAAGGGAGGAAAGGGAGAGACUAGAUCUCAUUAUCUUGCAUUUUUUUUAAUGAUGAUUUGCAUAGCUUGGAGUUUGCAGAGUGGCACUCCUGGGAAGUUUGGUUCCCCUGGCUGGGCAGAAGCAGGCUUAGAGGGCAGGAAAUCAUCCUAGGCAGGGAACUUCUGGGCUUGCUCUUUGUGCAUCCCUAAAGCAGGCAGAUGCUGGUGCAGUGCCAGGGUGGAAAAGCCUCGCUUCCUCACCAGGAUCCCUGUAAGGUGUCUCUCUGCCGUUCUCCACUGCAUUCUCUCCAUGCCUUAUCCCAAUGAGUGCAGCUAGGAGGCACCAGGAGACGUGUGCACCCCCCUUCUUGUUCUGCAAAGCGCUUUCCUUGAGCCACACCAUGGGCUGGGGCAGGAAGGGGACCGCUCACCUCCUGCAGGUGCGUGCCGGGGCGCUUCGCCCUCUCAUCCCCUCCUGCCAGAGGGAGGAUGGGGACCAUGGCUGCAUUCCACCCUUCUCUUUCCAAACUCCUCCGCUGCCCGUGGCUUCCAGACGCCUGGUGUCUCUGGCAUAGGCGUUCCCCUCUCUGCUGUAGGAAAUCAUGGUUUGGCGUCCUGUGAGGGGGGGAAAGGGGCACAGGUGCUCCUGAGGGAGCGGUCCUGUCCGCUGCAGACGGAGCUGGGCCCUGAGACACUUCUGUUGCUGCCCUCCCAAGCCCCACUAAGUGCCUGUCACCAGAACUCGAUUCCUUCUGCAUCUCCUGCCAUGUUUGGUCAUUCCUUGCUGCCUCUGGUUAAGGAGCAGCUUGUAGUUGCAGCAUAUGUAAGUGUUUGCAGGGUGAGGGAGGGUGGGAGGGAAAAGGGGCCAUCUCAACAGUUUUUGUUCUUAAAUGUUGGGGGGUUUUUUUGGAUUUUGGUUUUGUUUUUUUUUUUAAAGUGAAUGUAUUUGAUUGUUUAGAAACUUUCCUGACCUUGUUUUUAAGUGGGUUGGUUUUAAAGCUAUUUCACGGUGACCCACUACCGCUUCUCUCUGGAGAUACGAUGUUCUUUUAAUCCUGCGAUGAUGUGUUUGCAGGGGAGGACUGUCCCCCCACGGCAUGCUGGUAAUGCUCACUUGUACCAAGCCCUCUUGCACUAUAAUCGUACGUUGGACUCUUCAAAAAGGCAAAGAUGUGGGAUGGCUUUUUUUUCUUAAAAAAAAGCAGGUUAACAGCAAGUCCUGUGCUUGAGGGAAACCGCUGUCGCCAGGGAGCUCAGAAGUGACUAGGAGCCACAAGCCAGGCUAAGCCAACCAUGCUGUGGUAGGAAGCAGGGCAUUAAGCCUAGCUGAGCAAACUCUCCUCACCAGAAGCUGUCAGCAGCUGGGAGACCCCCGGGGUGCGAGGGGAGGGCACUCAGGCCCACGCGGCAGGGGGCACCAGCACUGCUGGCCCCCCGAUGUAGCUCUCCCACAGUGUGGCCCACCAACGUUGCGAUGCAGUCUUCUGAGGUAUCAAGUGAGAUUUUUUUUUUUCAAUAAAACAUUGCACUGCUGCAUUGUUCUCCAUGAA